AAACGGAGGGUGAAAGUGCGGAUCAAAAAAAAAAAAAACGGAGGGUGAAAGUGAAAGCACUCCAGCUCCUCCAAAAAAUGGCGGCAACUAUUCAGCCUAUCUAGGGUUUCCCUCUCUCUCCGUCGUGCACACACUCUCUCUAAAAAAUGUUCGGAGCUCAGUCCUCGUCUCCGUCCCUCUUCGGGACCCCAUCACUGACCCCCAACCCCUUCGGUACUCCCUCCACCCCCUUCGCCACUCCUUCCUCCACCCCCGCCUUCGGCACCCCCUCCACCCCCUCCUUCUCCACUUCCGCCUUCGGUACGUCUUCUCUCUUCUCUACACCUUCAUUCAAUCCCCAACAACAACAACAACAACAACAGCAACAGAGCUCCGGCGCAUUCAACUUCUCCACUCCCUUCGGCCAAACUACUACUACACCACCACCACAACAACAGCAGUCACAGCUCACUCCGUUCGGUCAGUCAACGAAUCCUUUCGGGAAUGCUCAGUUGACUACUCAGAUGGCCCCCGUGGCUCCUCUUCCUUUCUCUCUCGCGGAUCGCGACAUCCAAGCGAUUGUUGAUGCUUACAAGGAGGAUCCUGGGAACCCUAAGUAUGCAUUUAAGCAUUUGUUGUUCAGCGUUACUGAGCCGCAAUUUAGGAUAAAGCCGACUGGUGUAUCGGAUAUCAUGUGGGCGGAAGCUAUGGGGAAGCUAGAGGGUAUGGAGAGUUCUAACCGUGAACGCCUUUGGCCUCACUUGGUUCAGGGUUUCAAAGACCUCUCGCAGCGCCUCAAGCUUCAGGAUGAAGUUAUACUCUCUGAUGCCGAGAGAUUGCGAAUGACUCAAAGCAAUGUGAAGAUGCUUCAAAGGCAUUUUCAAGCUGACACUCUUCCUUGGAUUGAAAGAUUGAGACAAAAAGAGCAAGGUCUUCAAAGGCGCCUAUUAAGAGUGAUGAGAAUAGUAGAGGCAUUGGAAGGUAAGGGAUGCAGAAUGCCUUUAAUGAAAGGAGAAGUUGAAUUGGCUGAGAAGUUGGCUACGAUAACUAGACAGUUGAAAGGAUCUGGAGCAGAACUUUCCAGGAGGGUCCAAAAUCUGCUCACUGUAGCUCGUGUUCAGGCAAAUGGUGGCGGCGGCGGUGGUGGUGGUUCUAUUUAUCUUCCAGGAUCAACCAAAAUACACGAUCAGAGUCUUGCUGAUAUGCAGGAGGUCUUGCAACAGCAGACUGAAGCCAUUGCUAGGCUAGGCAAUGUGUUGAAGCGGGAUCUCAGAGAUACGGAGAUUAUAAUGGCCGAGGAUACGGAAAUGAAAGAAGAUGCUAGCUAAAAGAGAUUUUUUUUGCAGCAGAGGCAUUGCAUUUGACAAGUUAGCGGCAGUGGAAAAGAAAUAUGGGUUAUUAAAAUUAAAAUUGUUGCCAAUUGUGAGAUAGUUCCGUCGAAAUCUAGUUUGCAUUUUGAAUACCGACAUGUUUUAGUCUGCUGGACACAGCUGAACUCAUAGAUGUAUUAUUCUAGUUUGAAUUGUUUUGAUCCAAAAAGAAAGGAAGUUUGUAUUGGCAUUCUCUCAAUGUUGCAAGACUUAAUCAAUUAUUGGUUGCAUCCAGUACGGUGGCAACUUUUGUUUGGUUCA